AUGGUAUCAAAUGUAGCAUAUAUUUUCAUGUUGAUGUGUUUGAUAACUACAUAUAUUGCAAAGGCAAACAGUGAAAUAUGUGAGUGCGCUUGCUGUAUUGGUCAAGGUUGCACACCAAUUGCAAAACCUCCUGUAUUCAUACCAUCAUGUAAGGAUGGUGCAUGCGGUGUUACAUGUACAACUACGUUUCCAAAUGAUUGUGCUGUUUCAGGAUCCAUGUUUACAGCCACAUGUUCUUCAGCAACAUCAACUAUCGUCAAUCGGCAUGCAUCAUUUAUCAUCUUCGGAAUCGCUUUUGCACUUUUUGUAAAACAAAUUUCUUAA